UGUCUCUCUCUGUCGUAGUCUGAGAAGUCAGGUGGUGAGAGGGUGAGAAGAGAUGGUGGACUUAGAGGAGGAAGAAGAAGAAUCUCUCUCUCUCUGUGUAUCCAGUACUAACCUGUGAAGUUGGUGCCUUGAUGCAGGUACCUCGCAGAUGGAGCUGGAGCGAUGGCGCCACAGCGGGAGGAGGAGCGGGAGGAGCGGGAGGAGGGGUGAGAAAAGGAGCGGGAAAAGGAGGAAUGGGAGGAGGAGCGGGAGGAGGAGCGGGAGAAGGAGGGGUGGGAGGAGGAGCGGGAGGAGGAGCGGGAGAAGGAGCGGGAGGGGAAACGGGAAGGGGCGGAGGAGCCGUGGGAGGAGGAACGGGAGAAGGAGGAGCGGCAGGGGAAACGGGGAGGGGGUUAAGAGCGAGAGAAGGAGCACGUGAGGAAACGGGAAGGGGCGGAGGAGGCGGGAGGAGGGGCAGUAGAAGGACCGGGAGGAGGAGCAGGAGGGAGUUAACCGACACGCAUGAGGCGAGCGGGAGGGGGAGGAGGAGGAGGAGGACUGGGAGGAGCGGGAGAAGGAGCAGGAGGAGGAGUGGGAGAAGGAGCGGGGAAGGAGCUAUGGCCGAGGAAGAGGAGCGGAAGAAGGAGGGGGAGGAGCAACGGGGGGAGGAGCAGGAGAAGCAGCGGGAGGAGCAGGAGUGGGAGGAGCAGCAAGAGGGGGAGCGAGAGGAGAGGGAGGAGAGGGAGAAGGAGAGGGAGGAGGAGCGGGAGAAGGAGCGGGAGCGGGGCUAUGGCGGGAUCUUUGUCACGUUGUUUGGCGGAGGAGUGGCAGGAGGAGUGGGAGAAGGGACGGGAGGAGGUGUGGGAGGAGCGGGAGGAGUGCAAGGGGAAACGGGAAGGGGCGGAGGAGGUUUGGGUGGAGGAGCGGGAGGAGGAGUGGGAGGAGGAGCGGCAGGGAAAACGGGGAGGCGGCUAGGAGCGGGAUGAGCGCAAGGGGAAACGGGAACGGGCGGAGGAAGCGCCGGAGGAGGAGCGGGAGAAGGAACGUAAGAGUUCAAAGGAGGGAGGGGGGGAGGGAAGGUGGACAUUGAUUGAUUGAUUGAUUGAUUGAUUGAUUGAUUGAUCGAUCUCAAAAAAAAAAAAAAAGACCGCCCCAUUCUCCUUUUUUGUUUUUGUUUUUCAAUCAAUCAAAUCAACCACG